CAGUUAAACUCUGGAACAUUCUAGAUAGGAGCUUCAACUACUAUAUAAACUGGACAAAAUCUAGAUCACUUCAAAAUUAAAACGAAGAGAAAUAAGUUAAAGUGGUUUAAAUAAUAGAAUUAAGUUAACAUUGCCUUAAACAUUGUCAGCUAUGGGACGAUUUAUGCAGCGAGCAGUUAUAUUGCCUCCUUCAAGCCGGGGAUCUAACCACCCUCGGGCGCAAUUAGAGGGACUUCUUGCUGGUCUACUUGGUGGUCUAUCCGCAAGUGACCUCUUAUAUGGUAAACAGAAAUGUUGUCAGUCAUUGCCGAUGUUUGAGCCUAGGUUACAUUUCACAGCAUAUAAACAGCCAUGGCUCUACGUACUUGAUAUGGACGGCUUUAGACCAGGUGAAAUCAAGUUGAAAGUGGAUGGCAAUGUCGUUCAUGUCCAUGCUAGGCAUGAAGACGUAGAUGGAGAGGAUAUAGACAUCAUAGAACGGAAACGGGUUGUGAAAAUACCCGAAUGUGUAGACGUUCAGAAAAUGUCAUGCUUUAUCGAUCGUAGAGGAAAGAUGGUUUUCAAGGCACCCUUCCUGUGUGACGAAACAAAGAGCAAGAAAGAGAAUAGUUCAGUGGAACAGGAAGGAGACGAAAUGCAGGCCGAGUCAAAGGUUGUGGAAAACGUCCAGUCCGAGACAAACGACGAAAAUAACUCGUGUGAUGUAAACAGUGACUUGAUGAAUCAUUUUGAACAAGCAGAUAAAGAAACAAUCGUAGAUUCUCUGGAAAAGGAAGCAAUUCCUAGUAACCAGGGCAACUCUGAGGACGACAGCCAACAAUCAAAAGUCGAAGGUGACUUAUUUUCUACUACAGAUGUAACCAAAUUAGAACAUGAUACAGUCAACGAAGAUACAAGUAGGUGUGACAGUCCCGUGCAAUUAGAGAAGGAACGAGAUAUAAGUGCUGAUUCUCUCCAAGAUAAAGAAGAACCUUCAAUCGGUACAAUGGACGUUGUUGAAAAGGAUGGACAGAAAUAUCUAAGUGUAAAAUUAGAUAUAGGGAGUUUUCUCGUUGAUAGCAUACGUGUACGAUGUGAGGAUAAGGUUCUUUCUGUAGAUGCGAAACGAGAGUUGGACGAAGCUGGUAAAACAGAACUGCAGGAAUUUCAUCGGCAGUAUCAGCUCCCAGAAAACGCAUGUGAUGAGCAGGCAAGAGCGUUCGUUAGCGACAGCGGGUACUUUGCCAUCAAUAUUCCGAUUAGAGAUGAGAAUACCGUCGGAAAAUCGCAUUAAUUGACGUGAACUGCUUUUACAGAAAUAUUGAUUAGUACUGUGACGAUAUCUGACUUAAGUUUCAUACAAUAGAAAUAGCUAUGAACUUUAUUAUAAAUGAUAUACCUUAAUGUUGCAAAAGGGAAUUUUCAUUUAUUUUAAUUACAUGUACUUUUAUACUUGUUUCCAUUCUUAAAUUUUGUGACUAACAGAUCAGUGAUGCAUUACAUAAACGUUUUAUAAAACAAUUGGUUUUCAUUGGCAUGUUAUUUACAACCAUUAACAUUAACAGAAAUAACUUUAAUACAAAUGGUAUUGCUUAUGAAAUGGUAUUGGUUAUGUAAUUGUCAUUUAUUUUACCUACUUUCAUUUAAUUUUUCAUUCAAAUUUGUAAUGACUCAGUGCAGUAUUCAUUUUUGUAUAAUAGAUAAAGAUUAAUUUGUUUGAAAUUUCAACUUGCAUGUGUAAUGAAAGUGCAAUCAUUCGUGAAAAUGCGCUUCUAAGUUUUAGUUACUUGAUUUAAAAUUUCUAGGUAAUUCUUAACAUGCUAUUGUGAUAUGUUUAUUCUAUGUCUUACGAAAAAUAUAUGAAUUUAUAUGAAUCGGAUGGUUGAGAAAUAAAUACGAAAAAUAAAUACCAAUAUUUUUU